CUCGCCUGUUUCCUCUGCUCUCUCUCUCUCUCUCUCUCUCCCUCUCUCUCACUCUCUCUCACUCUCUCUCUCCAGGCUGCGCCUCAUUGGUGUGUCCUGAUUCCCUUUUUCCAUUAGGCUCCAGGCCCAUUGGUCGCCUGCCUUCCAACCAUUAUCUCUACUCCUCCACCCCUCUGUCAUCCUUCCUCCCUUUUGCUCUCCCUCCUUCCCUCCUUCCCAGUCAUCUUUCAAGUCGUAAAAAUGAUUUGCAUGCAGGAAGAGAGCAGAACUUUGCAGUGAGCACAGUGAGUGAAUAGGGAGAGAGUAAGGGAGAGAAGUCAAAGAAAGACUAAAAAGGACAGGAAGCGCAUUCUGGAGCGCAGGAGGAAAAAGUUUCAAGAGAAGACGGCAGUUGAAAAUGAGUUUGGAGGAGGCGUGGUGAGACGUUCCUCUCCGGCUGAAAGUCAGUAGGUCACGGUGGAAGCACGGGACCGGACCAAAGAGCUGUCUCAACCCCUGACCCUUUCAGAUGGAGGUGGGUGCAGACGAUAAGCGCCAUCGAACACGCUCCAAAGUGCCUGUGGAUCCAGCAUUAACAGAGCUUUUCAGUGUGUACGGCUGCCCCCAGGCCAAGAAGAGAAAGAGUCUAGACAGACAAACCCUGGAAACGUCCCCCAAGAGGAGCACCUACCUAGAUGACAUGGACAACUCCACCAUGGAGGAGUGCUACGAGACAGACGGAACCGAGGAGAUGGACGACAGGGAGGAAGAGGAGGAGGAAGGAGCGGUAGAGGAGGAGGAGGAAGAGGGUGAAGUGCACGAAGAAGAAGAGGUGGAAGGCUACGUGGACUACAACGAGGAGCAAAUGGAGCCCGAAGAAGGGGAGGUGGAGAGAGGGGAUGGAGAUGGAGAGGCUGAGGAGGAGGAGGAGGAGGAGGAGGAGGAAGUAGAGGUGGAGCAGGAAGAGGAGGAAGAGGCUGAUGAAGAGAGGGUGGAGGAGGAAGAGGAAGAAGAGGAGGAUGCAGUAGAGGAGGUGGACUAUGACGAUGGAGAGGAGGAGGAGGAGAAGGAGGAGGAGGAAGAGGAGGAAGAAGAGGAGGAAGAGGAGGAAGAGGAGGAAGGAGAGCAGAAUCAAGGGCAAGAGGACGAUCAGAUGAGCAGCAGCGAGGGGGUGGGCGUCCGUCGAGGUGGCGGCGGCGAUGCCAGAUCUGGCCCACCAGGGGGGAAGGACAACGGCGAAGAGUACGAGAACUACGAUGAACUCGUGGCCAAGUCCCUCCUCAACCUGGGCAAGAUCGCAGAAGACGCCGCCAACCGAGCCUUGACGGAAUCUGAGUUGAACAGCAACUCCUCGAACAGUGCUGAGGAAGAGGAUGAUGAUGAUGAAGAGGAGGAUGAGGAGGACGAAGAGGAGGACGAGGAAGAGGAGGAAGGGGAUGGACCACAGAGGGGGAAUCUGAGUUUGGACGUUGACAGUGACGUGGUUCGGGAGACGGUGGACUCGCUUAAACUUCUAGCACAAGGUCACGGCGCGGUACUUUCUGACAAUUUAGAGGGUCAGGAGUUUGAGGACGGCACGGAGAAUGCUUAUCCUCACAACGGUCACAAUGGUGGUAACGGACAAGUUAAGAUCAACAGUAAUGGACAAAUAGAAAACAGCGACGAGGAAGUUUGUUUAAGCAGUCUGGAGUGCCUACGGAACCAAUGCUUCGACUUGGCUCGGAAACUUAGCGAAACCAAGUCCACUGACCGAAAUGGACCACCCGGGCAAAACCAUUUUCCGUGCGGAGAUCCCAAUCAACCGGCCCAGCAUCACAACUACGGGAAUUUCCACCAAGACGACAGGCGGUCGCUUGAAAGAAACUAUUCCGACAUGGACAAUCUGUUGAAGCUGGAGGAGCAGCUGAGCCCACGCUCCAAGGCCUUCGCCAGUUGCACGCAGGAGAACCGAUAUCACACCAACCUGCGGGACUUUGACGAGGACACGGCCUCUGUGACGUCGGACCGAUCGGAAGAAGUGUUUGACAUGACAAAGGGUAACCUGUCUCUGUUGGAGAAGGCCAUUGCACUAGAGUCAGAACGCGCCAAGGCAAUGCGGGAUAAAAUGGCGGCCGAGGCUGCCAGGAGAGACGGGGCGAGGUACGGCCAUGACGACCAUGGACCACGGCACGGCUACGGUGUGGAGCGCAAAGCCCGGCUUCAUGAUGGUAUGAAGAAGCCUUUCUACCAUAAAGAUAUUUCACGUGCAGACAAGAAGGAGAGUCGAUGUCCGACACCGGGCUGUGACGGCACGGGGCACGUGACGGGCCUGUACCCCCACCACCGGAGUCUGUCGGGCUGUCCGCACAAAGACAGGGUGCCACCAGAAAUCGUGGCUAUGUAUGAGAAUGUUCUUAAGUGUCCUACGCUGGGCUGCACGGGACGCGGCCAUGUCAAUAGCAACAGAAACUCCCACAGAAGUCUGUCGGGAUGUCCCAUCGCUGCAGCCGAGAAACUGGCCAAAGCGCAGGAGAAGCACGUGGGCUGCGACCUCCCCAAAUCCAACCAGGCCUCUGACCGAGUCCUAAGGCCUAUGUGCUUUGUCAAACAACUGGACUAUCCACAGUAUGGUUACAAGAACAAUGUCUCCACCAGCACGCCGCGCUCCAACCUGGCCAAGGAGCUGGAGAAGUACUCCAAGACCAGCUUCGACUACAGCGCCUUCGACGGCAGCACCAACCACCCGGUGUACGGGAAACGGGCCAUCGCACCCAAAGUUCACGGCCAGAGAGACUCCUCCCCCAAAGGAUAUGACGCCAAGCGUUACUGCAAGACGUCCAGCUCGGCCAGCAGCACCACCAGCACCUACGCCCCCAGCAGCAGCAGCAGCAGCCUGAGCUGUGGGGUGGGGGGCGCGGGAGGAGGCCGAGGGGGUGGGGGCAGCAGCGCCAGCAGCACCUGCAGCAAGAGCAGCUUCGACUUCAGUCACGACAUGGAGGCCGCCCACAUGGCCGCCACCGCCAUCCUCAACCUGUCCACGCGGUGCCGAGAGAUGCCCCACGGCCUGGGGGGGAAGCUUCAGGACCUCUGCUCGCAGAGUCCGGGCCUGGAUGUUGAUGAGAACGGUACGUUGGACCUAAGUAUGAGCAAGCGUCUGUGCAGCGGCGGAGGGGACUCGGUGCUCACCCCUCUGGAGCCCAUGUCACCCCAGAGGCAAGCUGCCCUGCUGGGCUCCCGCUGCUACGGCAUGGGGGACGCCGCCGACUGCUGGGACCUGCCUGUAGACUACACCAAGAUCAAACACAUAGACGAGGACGAGAAAGAAUCAGAUGACCUGGACCCCUUUCAUGACCUGCUGGAGGACCGCUCCUUCACCACAGAUGUUAACAUGCCCAGCCCCAAGCCUAAGUACGCCCAGUGCAAGGAGAAUAAGAAGGACCUGAUAACUCUCUCAGGUUGUCCUUUAGCUGAUAAAAGCAUUCGAAGUAUGCUGGCCAACAACGCGCAAGAGCUCAAGUGCCCGACACCAGGGUGCGAUGGUUCGGGACAUAUCACUGGCAACUACGCCUCACACAGAAGUCUCUCAGGGUGUCCUAGGGCAAGGAAAAGCGGGAUAAAGAUCAUCCACAGUAAAGAGAACAAGGAGGACCAGGAGCCUAUCAGGUGUCCUGUUCCAGGAUGUGAUGGUCAGGGACACGUGACGGGGAAGUAUGCGUCCCACAGAAGCGCUUCAGGAUGUCCCAUAGCAGCGAAGAGACAAAAGGACGGCUACAUGAACGGCAUCCAGUUCACGUGGAAGUCCGGCAAGACGGAGGGCAUGUCCUGCCCCACGCCGGGCUGCGACGGCUCGGGACACGUCAGCGGCAGCUUCCUCACACACCGGAGUCUGUCAGGUUGUCCACGUGCCACCUCCGCCAUGAGGAAAGCUCGGCUCUCUGGAGUGGAGAUGCUGACAAUAAAGCAACACGCCAGCAACGGACUGGAGCAUGAGGAGGAUAUCAAACAGCUGGAUGAAGAAAUCAAAGAUUUAAGUGAAUCCAAUUCACAGGUGGAGGCCGACAUGAUCAAACUUCGGACACAGAUCACAACAAUGGAGUCCAACAUGAAGUCCAUAGAGGAGGAAAACAAGGUGAUUGAACAUCAAAAUGAAUCUCUCCUGCAUGAGAUGGCCAACCUCAGCCAGUCACUGAUAAACAGUUUAGCUAAUGUCCAGCUCCCUCAUAUGACAUCUUCUAUUGGCUAUCAUUCCAUCUUUACUUUGGCUUUUGAAGAUAAAGCAAAAAAAACCACUGGCACACAAAGAGCCUCCUCUGAGGAACAACAGCUGCUUACAGUUGCACCAGCAAGAGCCAAUCAGCGAGCAGAACUUUGACGCCUACGUCACCACUCUAACGGACAUGUACACCAACCAAGACCAGUUCCAGAGCCCAGAGAACAAAGCCUUGUUGGAAAACAUCAAGCAAGCGGUUCAAGGGAUUCAAGUGUAACCAAUCAGCAAAGGGAGAUUUUUGUUCCCCCGGCAGGUGUGGGCGACGGUUCCAAUCCACAAACACACAGGCGCUGAUGGUGCGGUGCAGUAUCUUACAUAGUGUUAUAUAUUCUGAAUUGUGAGGUCCGAUGCUACAAACACCUCGAGAUAAUUUCUUUCUUUUUUCUUCUUUUUGGGCCUUGCUUUGAGGAAGAACAUAAAAAAUUGAACGGCAAAAUAGUUUUUGAGGACAUUCACAUUUUGUACGUUUUCAUAUGAGCUGACAGUGUCAUGUGAUGUUUCUAGCUGCUCAUGUAUGCACAUUUUUAGUGUAUAUUCCGAACAGUAAGCUAAUGCUAACGGGACGUGAGUUCUUUUUAUUGCUUGACAACGAAGCAUUUUAGAUGAAAACAAACUGGACAGUGGUAUGAAAACAAAAAAAACCACAAGCAAGGAGGAAGCUACUUAUGUUUCUCCUCACUGGAUGAUUUUGGACUUCAUGAUUUUAGAUGUUUUCUUUCUUCUUUCUUCUUCUUGUGUGUAAAUUGUUCAAGAGCAAGAACUGGUUUGCCAAUCGCUUUAUUUUCUGACAAUGCUUGAGAAACGUUUUGUGUUUUGUUUUGAUGAAAAAAAAGACGCGUAGCUGUAGGUGGGGGCAUUUUUAAUUGGUGCUGUAAAUGAAUCCGGAGAGGAAACUGACCUGAUGUAUGUAUGAAUGUAUGUAUGAAUAGUUCUAUUGUAAACAUCAUUACACGGAAACCCGAUGGUGGAAAUCCCAUUAUCUAGGAGAGCCAAUUAAUUCCUAGAGGAACACAUCAGUGCGGUACAUGUAUGUUCACAUGCUCAUCCUAAACUAAUCUCAAAUAGAAAUGAUGUGUAAAGACAAUGACUUAUAGAAUACACAUUCUAGCCUUUCUAGUUCAAAUCUGCUCAAUUUCGAGACUUGUGUUGCUAGGAUCAAGAAACGUCUCAGCAAUAUAAUUACUAAAUCAUUUGUUUAUGGUAAGAACGGGAUGCAAUCUACAAUGGAAAAACUAAAAGGUUGGGUAUAUGCAAUUUCUUGUUUAUAAGCAUAGCGGGGUAACAUGGAUCUUUUUAAUAUAGCCUAUGUAAAAUAUUGAUUUUUAUACAAAUCUUUUAAUACGAAAAUCUUUUUAAAAAAGAGGAGGAAACCUGGACAUUGAGUUUUAGAAGGGAAAGUAUAUGAGUUUUUUUCUGUACGAUUUUGCACAGGGACACCUUCGUUUCCAUGUUUUGAUGUUCUUACAGAAACUAAAAGCAGUACCCGAGAGCCUAACGGAGGGUUUCAGAGGGUUUUGUAAAGAGUAUUUAUAGAGUAUGACAGAGGGACUUACAGGGUCACUGUCCCCACUUAUGUGCCAGUAGACUAUUUGCACUUGUCCUUGAAGAUAUUAUCCUUGCGUACGGCGGCGUGCAAUUUUCCAGACGACCUCUUUGGCACACGAUUGGAGCAACCAACUGCUUGGAGCCACUGUAGGCGUGGAUUUAGUACCACUGAGAAGGAAGAACAGGGACUUGAAAUCAGAGAAGAGGAUGAUUAUAACCAUAGCAGUUAUACUGUAGGCUAUUAUCAAAUGUAAAAACAUUGUUCUUUCAUUUUUGCUAUGUUUUAGGAAGAUGAAGUUAUCCCCCAGCAGCACUUUAUAUCUAAUCACUGUACAAAGGAUUAAAUAGUCAAUCAAAUCAAGGUUUUAAAAAAAGCUGAAGAAACGGUGAAAACGAGACCUUCGAGGGGUGAUACAAUCCAGCGACGCGCCCACAUGCCUGGCUGUGUGCACCCCUCAAUUCUGUUGUUCUAGUUGUUAGCGAUCAUGUUCAGAAUUGCCUUUUGAGAGCUAAUUCAAAAGGUGCUUGUCGUUCACCUGAUUGAAUCUCAUCUAUUGUACUACUGUCCUCUUUCAGGACUCUACUACCCAUCAUCCAUGACUGCAUACGCCUUUUUCCACAGCAUCGUGUCUGCAGCUUUUUGCCAAUAUAGUAAUGCUUCAGUAGAGUAAUAGCUAGUACCAGUUUUUGAAUUAAUUCUCAUUAUCAGUAAAAAGGGAAAUGGAUUUUAAAGCACAAACCGGCUGCUCAUCUGAUGUUGGUACAUAAAUAACAAAUCUGAAUAGAGAUAUCUGUGACUAUCUAUAGGGAACACAAAAAGGUUGUCACAUAUUUAGAAAGCUGACUUUUCAUAUACAACUAUUGUGAAUUCAUCAGAGUUUAUUAUUUAGUUUGAGCCAAUUCAUUUUUGGGAUUGUUUUCAGUGACCAUUAACAAAGACAGGAUUUUGUAUAAACUAUUGUGCUCUCUGUGGAACUGAAGUUUGAUUUAUUUUUGUACUACACAGCAUGGAUUUGUUGACAUUUUAAUUUUGCUAUAAAUGUGUGAGAUCACAAGUUGCUGUGAUAUUUCAUUUAUAAAUUGUGAACUUUGUACAAUUUUUGUCAUGCUGGAUGUUGACACAUCUUACUCUGAAUAAAGAAAAAAAUGUGUUGCCAGAGGCCUGUAAAA